AGCGCGUGCCUCCGUCUUGCUCCGUCUGGCUUUUAUUGUAUCUCUCUUGGACCGCUACCUGUCUUACAUUUCACACUCCAGAUCCUGUUAAGGUGCGCUCUUGACAUCGACGAAUUUAUAUUACUUUCGAAUGAUUGAAAAUUGCAGAAUAAGGAAACGUUUCAAAUUGCUAUGAAAAGACCUGUUCCCUUCGUACAGAUACUUGACACGUAGAACGUAUUUGUACUUACACGUUUGAAGGAUUUUUAUGAAUAUGUGUUGACAUUUGUAAAUAUGUAUAUAUUUAUGUAUAGGUUAGCAGGUGAUAAAUGAAUUUGAUUCCAUCGUGUAUGAAUUAAAACAAUAAUUGAUAAAAUGUUAAGGAGACGACAUGUCAAUAUUAAAACUGUCAAAGAAUUAGAUGGAUUUCCUAAAUUACCAGAACCAUAUGUAGACAAGACUGCAGUUGGAGGAACAUUUUCUAUAUUUACAAUUUGCACCAUAGCUUAUCUCAUAAUAGCAGAAACAAAUUAUUACCUUGACAGCAGAUUACAAUUCAAAUUUGAACCAGAUACAGACAUUGAUGAAAAAUUACAAAUAAAUGUUGAUAUAACUGUUGCUAUGCCAUGUGGUCGAAUUGGUGCGGAUGUUUUAGAUUCAACAAAUCAAAAUAUGAUAGGUCAUGAUUCUUUAGAACAAGAAGACACAUGGUGGGAAUUAACCCAAGAGCAAAGAUCUCAUUUUGAAGCUUUGAAACAUAUGAAUUCUUACUUGAGAGAAGAAUAUCAUGCAAUUCAUGAAUUAUUAUGGAAAUCUAAUCAAGUCACUUUAUAUAGUGAAAUGCCAAAAAGAAUGCAUCAACCUAGUUAUCCACCAAAUGCAUGUCGAAUACAUGGCAGUAUAAAUGUCAACAAGGUUGCUGGUAAUUUUCAUAUAACAGCUGGAAAAUCAUUACCCAUAUCCAGUGGCCAUAUACAUAUUUCAGCCUUCAUGACACAUAGGGACUAUAAUUUUACACACAGGAUUAAUAAAUUUUCAUUUGGUGGUCCCAGUCCAGGUAUAGUUCAUCCAUUAGAAGGAGAUGAAAAGAUUGCUGAUAAUCAUAUGCUUUUAUACCAGUACUUCGUAGAAGUAGUUCCUACAGAUAUACAAACUCUGUUGAGCACUUCCAAAACCUAUCAAUACAGUGUUAAAGAUCAUCAAAGACCUAUUGAUCAUCAAAAAGGAUCUCACGGAAGUCCGGGAAUUUUUUUUAAAUAUGACAUGAGUGCGCUUAAAAUAAAAGUUACUCAACAACGCGACACAGUAUGCCAAUUUUUAGUGAAAUUAUGUGCCACAGUGGGAGGUAUUUUUGUGACAAGUGGGUUAGUCAAAAAUAUUGUUCAGCAUUUUUGGUACAUCGCCUGUUGUAAAUUUUUGAAACCAGGAGAGCCGAAAAAUGAUUCGAUACCUCUUAUUCCACACAGUAAUACAAAUUAUCCAGUUGAAACAAUAAAUCUAUUGAACAUUUCGGCACCAGAAAAUAUAGAUAUUAUGUUUAAACCACAAUAAAAAUAAUUUGGUUUAUUUGUGGAAAGAAGUAUAAAUAAUGUUUGUAUUUCCCUUGUACAUAACAAUAAAAUUAAUAAUA